AUCAAAUGACUUCCGGUUACUUGCAAAAUGUAAUCACUAGACUAGAUUCUUAACUAGUCUAGAUCUAGGUCUAGAAUUCUACAUCUACAUAAUGCUGUACAGUAAUGAAUCUAAAUGAGUGUCAACUUUCAGAACUUACGCUUACUUUAGUAUAGAGUAUAUUGAUAAUGGGUGAAAUAGCAAGAUCUCCUGAGUAUUUGAGUUUCAGAAGUACCAUUCCUCAAAGAAAAAUUAUUGUUGACGAUGAUAAUAGUAAAGAAUGGACGCUUUAUGAAGCUGGUCCAAAGACAGUAAAAAGUCCUUUAAUAUGUUUUCCACCAGCAAGUGGAACAGCAGAUGUUUAUUUCCGUCAAAUCCUUGGAUUGUCUGCUUUGGGUUAUAGAGUCAUAGCAGUUGAAUAUCCCAUAUAUUGGACCAUGAAAGAAUUUGUUGAAGGAUUCAGAAAGCUUUUGGACCAUUUAGUAUUAGAUAAGGUUCAUAUCUUUGGAGCAUCACUUGGAGGAUUCUUAGCCCAAAAAUUUGCGGAACACAGUGCUAGAUCUCCUCGAGUGGCAUCAUUAAUUCUAUGCAAUGCUUUUUAUGAUACUACAAUAUUUCAGCAAACAAACUCUGCCCCAACAUUCUGGAUGAUGCCUGCAGUAUACCUUAAGAAAAUGGUGAUGGGGAGCUUUGAAAGAAAAACUUCGGAUUCUGAUAUUGUUGACUCCAUUGAUUUCAUGGUGGAAAAGCUAGAUGGUAUGUCUCAACAAGCUAUAGCAUCUAGGUUAACCUUGAACUGUAUGAACUGCUAUGUUGAACCACAAAAGCUUAGAGAUGUGGAUAUAACAUUAAUGGAUGUUUUUGAUGAAUGUGCCUUGUCAGCCAGUGUAAGAGAUGAAAUGUGUAAAUGUUACCCAGAAGCCAAAAGGGCACAUUUAAAAAAUGGUGGAAACUUUCCGUAUCUUAGCAAGAGUUCAGAUGUUAAUGUUUUUCUUCAGAUUCACCUUAGAAAGUAUGACCUAGGCCCAUUACGAGCCAGAGAGCUGACAGAGAGUGAACUUUCAAUAUUAACUGAGGCAGAUGCAGGCUUAGCACAAUCCUAGUAUCAACAAAUAUUUUACUCUAUUUUUUAUUUGUAAAACAAUCUGUGUUAAAGCUGGAAGAAUUUACUUAUGUAGGAAAGUAAUUUCACAGCAUUUGUACCUUGCAAAAAUAAAUCUUGUGUUUAGUUUCUAAUCCUUCUGAUUCUUUCAACCAUGUAUUUCUAACUUCCCAAUUUUGUUAUUGCCUUCAUUAUAAAAGUUACUCAGUAUUAUUUAAAUCUCUUUGAAAAUUAAACUUUAUGUUGUACUAUACAUAUAAUUGUACUAAACAUUUUCUAAUCUUUGCAGCUAAGGAAACUAUACAGAUGUUAGCAAACAAAAGAAAAUAAAUUGUAUGUGUUUAACUUCAUUCCUCCUGAGAUUUCAUGUGCAACCCUAAGAUGCAAUAUGAUGUAUUUUCAAUAUCAGCUAUUUUGAGCAUAAUAAAAUGGUGUGGGCUCUAAGGUUUGCUACAAUCAAUAUCUUGACGGUCAAAGUUAUGAGGAAUUUUUAAGUGGUUUAAAAACUACUGGUCGUAAUAGAAGUUAUAGAAUAAAGUGUGUUUAAACUUUAAAAAAUAAUAAAAAGUGACACACUUUGAUAUAAAUCAAGUAAUUAUUAGAUAGUGUAGUGCUUUUCUCUCUGUGUACAUGAUGCGUAUCUUUAUCCUGCAAUCCUAAUUUCAAUAGAUUUUUAUAUGCAAAACUUACUUUGUAUUGUUAUGAAUUUUAUGUGAUUUAUUGAUCCAUUUGUAUUGAUUUUUAAUUUUAUCAUGCAGAAAUCAUUUAAGAUUUGUAUUUGAUGACAAUUGUAAAAAAAGAAAAAGUCUGACUGCAUUUAAAUGUGUACAAAAAUUCCUUUUGUGUCAUCCACUGUUGCUCUCUACGCUUGUCUUUCCUAAAUGUAUCUUCAGUUUUUAAAUUUAACCUGGGGACAAGCCAUGCACACAGCAAGGUGUAUGGUGUGUCUGGGCUUUGAAUGUGGCUGUUUAUUUUCACUUAGAUAUGAAAGAUGUUACAUACAUUAGUCUUCAAAAGAGAAUCACAUCUUAAUUGUACCUUAAAACAGGUAUCUUUUACUUCACCUUCAUUUUUUUUUACUUCCCCUUGGUCAAACUUUGGCUCAAUUAAUAGUAAAUACUAAUUAUUCUUUAAAAAAAUUACAUAAUUAUUUGAAUUUUACAUUUAUUGAUGGUUGUUUUGGUAUUAUAUGUGAUAAUACUCUAUUGUCUUUACAUGAUUACUUUUAGGUUAUAUAGCUGAGGUUUCAUUCAAGUUUUAAUAUUACAAUAACCGCACUAAUUUUAACAUUCGUUAUGUCAUCUACCAGUACAUCAUACAAGAUUUUACGAAACAAGAUGACUUAUGAAUAUUUUUAAAAUAAGGUUUCAUUUAUAUUUGCUAUUCAUUUGCAUUGGGAAAUGACUUUUAAACUGUUGGUCAUAUCACCUAUAGAGAACAGACCUGGAUGAACUCCGACAGCAAGUUAUCUCAAGUAUUUACUUAUAGGCUCAGGUGUGAUAACAAGAUUAGUGGACUAAAGUACUAGCUGGGAGAUACCUGAUUGCCCAAACAUUAUUAACACUCAACAGCUAGUCUAAAAGUUUUUAAGUAAAGGCACUCAUUUCAUUACAGUUUAUAUUGCAGUCGGAGGCUUGAGAACACUUGCUUUAUAAUAAUUAUAACUGAGAAAAAAACAGCUCAUUCUGAAUUGCUGUUGAAGACAUUAUUAGUACAGUGUAAUCCAAUGGUCACAGUGGGGGCCUCUUGUGUUAAGAUAAUAAAAACAGAUAACACAUACUUGCUUCUUCAGGCGGACUCUGGUCAUGAAAGUACAGCUUUAGUUUGUUAGAUGUUAUUAGUAUAGGUGGGUUUUUUAAAAAUGAAUUCUGUAGCCAUAGUACCUUGUUUUGAUACCACAUUGGUCUCAGCACACAAGGACUGGUUUACUAUUUCUUUUUACAUUUUCAUUUGUUAAAUACAGUAACUUGAACAAAGAUACAUUUUAAAGGAAAAUCUGUCAAGUUCGCAAAUUAUUCCUUAGUCUGUAUGAAAGAGUUGUUUUUUUUUCUUGUCAAAAUUUGUAACUCCAUUUUGAUUUAGUUCUGAUGGAGCAGCUUCUUUCAAACAUUCCAGAUUUGUUUGUGUCCAUGACAAUAAGAGUAUUCUGGAUGUUAAAUUAAUCAUAAAAUAUGAACAUAAUCAUUAAGAGUACCAUACUCAAAAAAGGGUGAUGAUUAAAUAGGAAGUGGUGUCAGGCUGGUGUUCAUCUCAAACAAUUACAAAUCUUAGACACAAGUUCACAUCUGAGAGGUCAUUCAAUAGAACUACUCAUCUUCUUCAUCCUCAAUUGUAAUGUUGCGUUUUGCUGUAACACAAUUAUUACGUGUAAACUUGUUAAAAGAUUUCAACCUGCUUUUCUUACUGGAUUUGCUUCCACAACCUAUGUCCAUUCAAGGACAAACUACAUGGCAGCAGUUGCUUGAUUUUGAAGUUGUCUUUCCUAGAGGGUUGCGGCCCCCAAGUAUCAAGUUUCAUGUGCCCAAUUUUUCAACUCAGGACUUUUUGGUUUCGAAACCAUGAGCUUUACCAACCCAAUAGAAUUACUGAAGUUAGGAUUAUUAGCUACAUUGAUUCAAUUUAGAGAGAAACGGUUUAGCCAUGAGGGGUGUUGUCUCAUGAAUCAUCAGCUAGCAAAGGAUAAUUAAAAUAUGGUAAAUGAACUCUUAUAAAUCUUCAAAAUACUUUAGUACAGAAUAUGAAACAUGCCUAAAAACCUUUAGAAUAGCAUCUCUUUUAAUGCAAAUAAGAAAAUAAUCAUACAUAAUUUUUAGCCAGAAUACUAACAGUUAAUGACUUACGAUUUAAGCACUGAUCACUAAAUUUAUAGAAAUAGAUUUUUUUAUAAUUGUUUACUUUCUUUAAAAUUGUGUUAGUGAUUUAAUAAAUUGUUAUUUAUUUCUUACUUUAUUUGUAAAAACAAAAAUCCUCAAAGUAAGUGUAAUACUUUAAAUUUUAUUCCAUUUACCAAAUAUAAACUUAAAACUUGACAACUUUGGCUGUUUUCUUUAUACUGGUGCCUGUGUCACUGUGGGAUUUUGAAUGUGACGAGGAAGGUUGGUCAUCAGCACUUUGACCCAUCUCUAUUGUGUCAACUGUCAUCUCUGUAUUCACUAAAAUAUAACAAAAGAGAAACUUUACAACAUAUUCAUAUUUGUCAGGUACUGUACACAAAGUCAUUUCAUCAAUCCAAUAUAUUUAUUUAGUAAUGGAAGUCUAGCAAAUAACGAGAUUUUUUUAUAUACCAGUUGGAGCAGGAAAUGUUCUAUUACUAGCAGUCCAUUUUCUACAAUUUUUUUAUAGUUUUGAAUUAUUUUUUUUUAUUAUACUGUACCGUGACUAAUAUAGUGAUAUUACUAAAGAAAGUAGUUUAAAAGGCUACUUUGUGUUGAAUUUUUGUUAUUUCACUAUAAAUAACUGCUAUUGUUAAAAUAAUAGUAGUUAAUGAGGGUUUUUAAUGGUUUUUUGGGACUGAUAUUAUUUUUUAAAUUAUUUGUUAAUUUAGAUUAUUUACCUUCAUAUUGCUUUUUGUUUUACUUCUAAAAAUAUAUGUGGAUUGGAUAUUUUUAAAUAAAUUUUUUGAAGUGUCAUAGUCGGAGAAAAAUAUGCUGUCUCUUUGCCAGGCCAUACAGGACUGUAAAAUGUUAAUAGAAGGAAGUACUAAGAGGUCUUUUUAUAAAAUUAUUCUUACCUCUUUUUUGUAAAAAUUCUGGACAAUCUCUUUUCAGAUGUUCCACAGAUCCACACUGUUUACAACAUCCACCUUUAAAACAAAAAGUUUAAUCUGCUAUAUAUCUUGUAAACACACAAAGUAAAACAAAAAGUUUAAUCUGCUAUAUAUCUUGUAAACACACAAAGUAAAACAAAAAGUUUAAUCUGCUAUAUAUCUUGUAAACACACAAAGUAAAACAAAAAAAUCAUCAUACUUCCUGGAAGUUUAAAGUAAAUGAUUGCAAUUGCUUU